UCUCCGAUACGACGAGGAUUACCGGUAGUUGCGGGCCGAUGGCCGAGUGUUGACGUCGCGAUGAACCUGGUUGUGUGGGCGUGUCUGCUGGCGGCCGUGGCGGCGCAGGAGGGAUUGUACGAACUCAAUAUUAUACACUUCAAUGAUUUCCAUGCACACUUCGAAGAAAUCAGUCCCUCUGGCACAAUAUGCAGCCCAACGGACACCUGCAUCGGGGGCUACGCGCGUCUCUACACAGCCAUUCGCUUGGCGCGAGAGGCCGAGCCUGACUCCCUGGUUCUGAACGGAGGGGACACCUUCCAGGGCACUAUUUGGUACAACUUCCUGCGGUGGAACGUAUCGCAGCACUUCAUGAACCUGCUGCCGCAUGACGCUCACGUGCUGGGAAAUCACGAGUUCGACCAUGGACCCGAAGGUCUGCUCCCAUACCUGGAGCGUCUGAACGCUCCUAUGUUGGGAGCGAAUGUGAAUACGACCUUCGAGCCUGAGCUGACGCCCUACGUGCACAACCAUGUCGUGUUGGAGCGCAAAGGGCGAAGGAUCGGCAUCAUUGGAGUGCUGUUGAGAACGUUCUCAGCGCCAAUCGGCGGCGUAAUAAUGGAAGACGAGGUGGAAGCCGUGAACCGCGAGGCGGCCAUCUUGGAGGAGCAAGGCGUUGACAUCAUCAUCGUGCUGUCUCACUGUGGAUACACUUCCGAUUUGCGAAUGGCGGCGGAGAUAUCGUCUUCCGUGGACAUCAUAGUGGGCGCGCACUCGCACACGUUGCUCUACAACGGAGAUUCCCCGAAUGGUGACUCUGUGGGUGGGGACUACCCCACACCUGUGGUUAGGAGUGAUGGACACCGGAUCCUGGUGGUCCAAGCGUCGUGCUACACGCGGUACCUGGGUAACAUCAAGCUGUUCAUCGACGAUGCCGGCAUCAUCCAAGGCUGGGAGGGGCUGCCUAUCUUCCUGGGAACGUCUAUCGUGCAAGACCCUCAAAUGAUGGCGGAACUAGAGCCAUGGCGAGCUGAAGUGGACGCCGUGGGUAAAGAAGUGUUAGGUCGCUUGCUGACUCCCCUCAGCCGAUCUUGCUACUCUCGGGAGUGCAACAUCGGCAGCUGGGCCUGCGACGGUUUCCUCCAGCAGUUAAUGGAGCGCGCUCCGUCCGGGUCGUGGGCCGAAGCGCAUGUCUGUUUGAUCAACGCUGGCGGUCUGCGGGCCGCCAUUGAUCGUGGCGAGGUGACGACAGAGGGCCUUCUGAUGGCGAUACCGUUCGAGAACUACGUCCAGGUGUAUGAUCUGAAGGGAGAGUAUCUGCUGGAAGCGCUGGAAUUCUCCGUGGGUGUCUUCAUGGAGCCUGGGAACUUCUAUAGUGGACGUAUGCUGCAAAUCGGAGGUCUCCGUGUGGUCUACAACGCGUCAGCCCCCGUCAACUCGCGGGUGGUGUCAGCCUCAGUGCGCUGUACCGACUGUUCGGUGCCGCGGUACCUCCCGCUAGACCCCAGCGCCACCUAUCGAGUGGUCACGCAGAACUACAUCGGCGACGGCGGCAGCGGCUACACGAUGCUGUCUUCAAACCGCGAGAACCUGGAGAACCUGCAGCUGGACUACGUGAUGCUGCAGCAAUACCUGCGGCACCAGGGCGCCGUGCUGCGCGACCUGGACGGCCGCAUCGAGAUCGUCUUCUAGAACUAACUGCUAAUUUUAUUGUAAUAUAAUGUACAGCGGGGCAAAUCGCGACUGAGGGACAUUAUGGCAUUCUGUUUAGUCCGUCAGUAAGAUUGUCCAAAAAUACUGAACACAUAUUUUUCGCUUUUUCUA